AUGUGCGCCAUUAAGCCAUGGUUCAAUAUCAGCCCAAGCAAAGGCACGGGCCACGCUAGAGAGCAUCCUGACAUUUCAUUGUCCAUAGUGGAGCCCUUGGCCAUUAUUGGAUAUGGCGAAGAGGGUUACCAUAGGCAUCAAGCCACCCUGGACGCCUGCGGUAGCUGUCGACCAUUUCCGGAGGCAACUAGUCAUUGUACUGGUGGAGCCAAGAGAUGGGCGUCUCCGAUGGACCCAUCUCAGGCGUGGGGAAAUCGCCCGCCCACUUGCUGCACCGGGAAAAGGAUCAAUGACUCCAAGAGAAAUCUACCGGCUUCACUACUGGUACUAUCUUUGGUUAUCUACCUGUCUGGUAGGCUACAUGAUGGUUCGGUCCGCGGCGAGUUUGAUUUGAACUUCCGCGGAAAUUUCGACCGCGAACGGUAA